GCAAGUUUCUACAAUUUAUUAAUUUGACGGAUGAAAAGAGUGACAUUGAUACAAAUAUGAAAAUAAACGAGAAAAAUCUAAGUGCAUUCGCUGUUUCGGCGACGCCUGUUGACAAGGACGGUUAUUUAUCAAAAAGGGGGGAAGUGAAUAAGAAUUUCCAACGCCGAUAUUUUGUGUUGAAGGGCAAUCUGCUGUUCUAUUUCGAGAAAAAGGGCGAUAAGGAGCCAUUGGGCGUAAUAAUUCUUGAGGGUUGCACUAUAGAAUUGGCUGAAGAUGAGGAGCAGUUCAGUUUUAAAAUUGAUUUUCAUGGUACGAAUAAUAGAAGUUACAUUCUGGCUGCUGAAUCCCAGGAAUCAAUGGAACAGUGGAUGAAGGCUUUGGCAUGUGCUGGCUAUGAUUAUAUGAAACUUAUGGUAGCUGAAUUACAGAGGCAACUAGAUGAUAUUGAAGAAACACCGUUACCGCUAGCGCAAGCCGUGAAUUCUCCAAUUCCUCCACCAAGAAGGCAUAAUCCUUUCAACAGACCUGAUAACAGCCCACAUCAAAGAUCACAGAGCGUCAGAUCAAAUUCAGGACGAAUUGAAGAUUGUAGAAUAGUCGACUCCAAGACAAGUAUUUCCUUUAAAGAGUUACAUAAUUGGUAUGGAAGACCUAUUCUGAAAGAUUUCAAUAUUUGGAAACACCAACAAAGGAUGGCAACUGAUAAUUUAAUAUCUUUUUAGACUUAAUAGCGAAUUUUAAUCUUAGGUAUUUAUUGACUGAACAUUUUCAAUCAUGUAUUUGCGAAUCUAGUUAAUUAUAUAAAUUUUGUUAUUUGUAUAAUAAUUUGUGAAUUUUUUAAUGACCAACAUUUUAAUAUCUCGUUGAAUUAUCGACUACAAUGCAAUAAAACUGUAAUUUUACUUAUUAGUGUAUUUAGAUUAACUUUAUUUUUGUACCUUUUGCCACAAUCAACAUACAAGUA